AGAAGGAGUUGUCGUUACUCUGCUCGUUGCGCACCUCACGCAGCGAAUUUACGCGUCUGACAUGAAAUUCAAUCCGGAGUUAGUCGAAAAAAGUGCAAAAGUCUACAUCAGCGUAUCGCAAUUUCUCUAGUUUAGAGGAAGUUGUUGUGGUUGGUGUUCUACGGGGGUCGCGUUGCACAUUAGGCGUAACGCCGCCUUCCCCGUUCCGAUCAACCAAGGCUUCCCGACGUCGAGCAGCGUUCGACGACCGCCCGUGGCCCCUUUUCGCUCAAGCUUCGCGGAGAACCACCGAAACAAGGAUUUGCUGUUUGAGACCAUGUCUUCCAACAUGGCAACCACUGCAAAACCUCUUAAAGUGACAACUUCUUACAAACAAAAUGAAUUGAAACUGGUAAAGGUAGCAAUACGAAGACACAAUAUUAAAGCUGUUGCCAAUUCGCAGCCCCUAGAAAGGGUUGUGAAGAACCCUUUCACAAUAACAUCCUUUGUGAAUAUCUCUGGUGAUCCAUUUGGGGUGAAGUUAUUCAACAAAAUCACACCCAAUACAAUUGAAAUACCGCCGGAAGCUUAUUGCAAAACCAAAUCUACGCCCACUGUACGGAGUACAGCGCCACCGCCAGAGCAGGAGCCAGGUCCAUCAAGACCUCGAUCAGCAAGUUGCUCUAGCGAUGAAGGACACCAGCAAGAAGACAGGAGUCGAUCAAGAAGUCGUGAGAACUUCAAAGCAAAUGAAGCGGCACAAGCACCGAAACAAGUGCCAAGUACUGAGCGUAGUGCACACCCUCCGUACGAGAAUGCAGAGCGCUAUGAUAAACGAAAAUCAAGGCGAUCGGGGAGUAGAUCACCAUCGUUGAGGCGCAGCCGUUAUUCUUACAGUCCCAGCCGACGCCACAGCCCAGGAAAUGGCCGACAUCGCAGCACAAGCAACAGUCCACACCAUAGAUCUCGAUCAAGAAGUAGUGAGAGGCUAAAAGCGAAUGAUGCAUCCCUGCCAGCGAAACAAAAGCGGCGCACACCAGAUCGAGAUCGAGAGAGAUCACGAUCUCCAGUCUCAAGCACUGGACGAUACGACAGGCGGAAAUCUGGGCGCUCAGGAAGUCGGUCGCCAUCAUCGAAACGCAACCGGUAUCACAGUCCUAGCCGACGUUACAGCGCCAGAAAUGGGCGACAUCAUAGCCCCAGCAUCAGCCGACACAACAGGUCCCGAUCAAGAAGCAGUGAGAAACUGAAAACGAAUGAUCCAUCGCAACCUGGGAGACAAAAGCGCCGUACACCAGACCGCGAAAGGGAAAGAUCACAAUCUCGUACAGGGCGUUAUGAGAAACGGAAAUCUGGGCGAGCGGACUCACCUGAGUUGUAUGGUCGGGGAGCUGUAGCGCCUUAUUUUGAUCCGGCUUUAAUACGUGCGCCAAUUUCGUUCUAUCCAGCCAUGCCCCCUUACUACCCACCUGGUAUGCCGCCCGCGUUCUUCAAUCAGCCAUUUUUCCCUCCCCAACAUCCGGGAGCUUUUGGACCGGGAAAUUAUCAACCACGUAAAGGUUGCCGCUUUACAUGAAUCGGAAGAUUCAAGUUGUCACUACCUCCGCUGGUAACACGGGCACUACUCCGGAGGGUUCAAGUACUGCUGGUACAUCGAAGAACACGUCGAUGUCUGAAGCCGACGCGACGCCCACCAGUACGGUCGUUAUAUCAAAGACUACACCAGGUACAGAAACUUCGUAGCUACGACUAUCCUAUGACGAGAAGUUUCUUUAGUUUAAUGCACUACAUCAUCUAUAAGGCAUAUUGCGCAUACAUAUAAUCCAUGAAUAUCCAUGAAUUGGCCCAUGUUGUGUUGGAAUUUUUAGAUCGCAAAUGACAACCACAUUUAAUGCCUUUAUUUUGUAAAUAUUUGUUUCUUAUUUAACUCGCAUAUUUUUAUAAUGUACAUACAUAUUUAUGUAAGUUCAUAUUGAUAGGUUUCAUCGCUCCUGAGCGAUUCACAUAUUAAUUAUUUAAUGCAAGGGAACCAGCUUGUCCGCAAAUAUUUUAGUAGUCAAGGGUAUAAAUAAUUUGCAGUUUCCUAUAUUUUGAGCUGGAAUUUAUUGUACUUUAUGUGGUAUUAUGCAAGAAUAAUAUGAAACAUUGCAGACUUGAGAUUGGACGUGAACACAAAGUUUCAAUUAAUUUAAAAUAUAAUAAUUAGUAUUUUGUUUGAUGAAAUAAUUUUUGUAUUAAUAAAUUAAUGUAUGACCGAA